CUGUAAUUGAUGAUCCCCAAUCGUACGACAGCGCCCAUCCCAUCUCACCAUCCGGCUUCUCACAGCCAGAGCCGCCGUGUAAUUCCAAUUUGUCUUGGCCAUGGGGAAAUUACUAAACGACGUGUUCUCCGUAGGAUUAUUUCCACGCUGUGCUCCCCUAAGCUGUCGUCUCCCGCGCAUUGUUUGCCGUAUCCUGCCGCUGGCACCAAUUCCAUUUCCGGCCAAGAUUGUCCCCCAAAAGGCCGCUAACACGACGAUCUUAUUCAGGCACCUAACGCACCACCGCCAGCUGGCAGCAGAAUCUCGUACUUUUUUUUGGUCAACGGUUUCUUCUCCUCCAUCUUUUUUGUCGUCCGUGUAUCGUGUUUCUUGCCUGCUUCUGCUUCAAUUGCGCCGCCGCGCUCCAUUAGAACAAUGUAUCUGUCGCAUCUCCUCCGCCUUGGGGCCCUAGCAUCUGUCGUCAUUGGGGUUGCCGCCGACGAAGCGCCCAAGCUCGGUGACGUCCUUGCAAACCACGCAAACCUCACCACAUUCAACAACCUUCUACGCAAAUUCCCUUCGCUUCUUCUCGAGUUGCCCAGCUCCGGCGGCGUAACCAUUAUCGCACCCUCAGACCAAGCGUUCAAAAACAUCCCCUACACAGCUCUCAACGGCGUCUGGAACACCGACAAUGAAGACAUUACCCUCAACCUGCUGCGCUACCACGUCCUCCAGGGUACCUUGGACACCACCUCUGUCAAGUCUGGCCCUACCUUCAUGAAGACGAGCCUACUCACGAGCACCAAGUACACCAACGUCACGGCCGGCCAAAACGUCCUCUUCACCGUCCAAUCCGACAAGACCGUCAUCUUCACCUCCGGCCUCGGCAACCGCUGCACCGUCGUCGACAAGGACGUCGCCUUCCAAGGCGGUAUCAUCCAGGUCAUCGACAACCUACUGAUCCCACCCGCGCUGCUCGACAAGACCGCACAAGCCUUCCAGGCCACCUCCUUCCUUGGUGCCCUCUACGCUGGCAAGCUCAUGCCGGGCCUGGAGUACCGCGACGGCGUCACCAUUUUCGUUCCUAGCGACAUGGCCAUGGGCAGCGUCGGCGGCACCCUCGAGAAGCUCAGCACCAGCGCCCUGUCUCGCGUGGCAGGAUACCACGUUGUGCCUGGCCAGGUCCUUAACCUCGAGAACAUGGCCAACAACACGGUGCUGAAAACGCUCGGCAACAGUACCCAAAACGUCAUCACUGUCCGCCAGUCGGGUAACAACAAGUAUGUCAACUCGGCGCAGAUUGUCCAGCCGGAUAUCCUGCUUGCCAACGGCAUCAUGCACAUCAUCUCCGACGUGCUGAACCCAGACUCGCCUGCCGUCCCGAACCCGAGCCAGGCUACGCAGCCGCCCGUGUUUGACCCCAGCAAGGUCGACCAUCCGUUCACGUCGGCGCUGCCUUGCUCGACAAACUGCCCCGUGACAGACUCUACCAGCGCAACAGGCAGUGCUGCCUCUUCCACCACCAAGACAAAGGGGCCAUCUACAACAAGCAGCAAUGGUCAUGGUCCUAAGAACACUGCUCACGUUGGAGCAGCAGCCGCACUGGGCGGUGCUAUUGGCCUCGUGCUAGCCUUGUAAUGAAGAGGAAGGGGGAGAUGCGCCGCAUCGUUAAUGAAUCAUGUCUCUUUUUCUCGCUCUUUGCUGUUCAUUUAUUUCUUAGAUAUCUAUUUGUUUCCAGACUACUGUCCAUAUCUGCAAAGCUAAUAUUUAAAAAAUUCACCUUGGACAUUAUCAAUCAAUAGCAAAUCCCAAUUCCAUUAAAACGCCUCCGUCAGUCAAUCAUAAACUGACAAUAUCGUCAUCAUAGUGUACAGUGCAUACAAUCCGUGCCGUAGCGACACUCUAGUUGUCCUCCUUCAUCGGGCUAUGGGAUCUUCUGUCCCCAUUAUCAAAGCUCCUGCUGCUGCUGCGCGAGUGUCGUCGAGGCGGUGUAUAGGAUCGCGAGCGAGACCUCGACCGUGAGCGGCUCCUGUACUGGCCACCACGGGGGCCAGAGCCGUUUCCACGAGGAGAACUAGAUCGUGGU